AUGGCAGAAACUACCAACUUUCAUGUCGAGCACCUGUUCCGACUCAAGGGAUAUGUCUGCCUGGUGACUGGCGGAGGUACUGGCAUUGGAUUGAUGGCAACGCAAGCUCUAUCAGCCAACGGUGCCAAGGUGUACAUCACUGGCAGACGUACAGAGGUACUGGAGAAAACCGCAGCGACACAUCACCCGAAAGAGCAGAACGCAAAGACUGACCAGCAUGGUGACAUCGUGCCAAUUGGAUCAACAGACGUUCGCUCCAAGGACGAUCUGGACAAACUCUGUAAGGAGAUUGAGUCCAAGGAGGGUUAUCUUAGUCUUGUUGUUGCUGCUGCUGGUGUCCCAGGUCCAAAAGAGCCACAACCAGACGUUCAAGACGCCAAGGAGUACAAGAAGCAGAUGUGGGAGGCCGAAAGCUCUGAGGAGUGGAACGAGACUUUCAAUUCGGACGUGACAUCGGUAUACUGGACAACUUUGGCGUGCCUACCACUUCUCCAGGCUGCGCCCAAGGACCACCUCUCGAGCGUCAUCGUCAUCAGCAGUAUGUCGGGCAUGAUGAGAGAUUCGCAGUCCCAUUUCGCAUACAAUGCGGCAAAGGCAGCCACUGCACAUCUGACAAAGAUGAUGAGUAAAGAAUUUGCCAAGUUCGGAGUGAGAAUCAAUUCAAUCGCACCAGGAUACUUUCCAUCUGAGAUGACUAUGAAACAGAGUGAUGAUAGGAACAAAACUGACAUGCCAGAUGAGAAGGUGAAGGAGAAGGAGCAUCCUGUACCAGCCCAGCGGUCAGGCACCGACGAGGAGAUGGGAAUGGCCGUGAUAUUCUUGAGCAAAUGUGCCUAUGUUAAUGGACAUAUCCUGCCUGUUGACGGAGGCGUGUUGAAUGAGGUUGGACAGUAA